AUGAGCUCUAUGAUCGAGUCAAUACCAUCUAAUGGGAUGCAUUCCAAAAAAACUUAUCAGUAUCAAGAUAGACUCCCAAAGUUGCCUAUACCUCCCUUGGAAGAGACCUUGAAAAAAUAUUUAGCUGCAGUCAAGCCUCUUCAGACUCAAAAGCAGCACAAAGAAACAACUGCAGCAGUUCAACAGUUUCUUCAAAAUGAAGGUCCUGAACUUCAAGAGAAGCUAAAGACCUAUGCUGACAAUAAAUCGAGUUAUAUUGAAGAAUUCUGGUACGACUCUUACCUCAAUUACUCAGAUUCGGUGGUUUUAAAUCUGAAUCCAUUUUUUGUGCUGGAAGAUGAUCCCACACCCGCAAGAAAUAAUCAAGUUGUUCGUGCUGCAUCCUUAAUUCUAUCUUCCCUAAAAUUCAUUCAAGCUUUGAGAUCAGAAACACUCGAACCAGAUGUAUUUAGGGGUACACACCUCUGUAUGUCACAAUACAGGCGUUUAUUUGGUACUGCUCGUCUUCCAACAGAAAACGGAUGUAAAAUGGAUACCGAUCAAAAUUCUAAACAUAUCGUUGUGAUAUGCAGAAGUCAAUUUUAUUGGUUCGAUGUCUUGAAUGAAGAUAAUGAAGUAGCAAUCACAGAAAAAGAACUCGUUGCAAAUUUAAAGACUAUUAAGCAGGAUGCACUCGAAUUGCCUAUUAUCGAAGUUGCCAAACAUGCAGUUGGCAUUUUGUCUACAGAAAACCGUAAAACAUGGGCUGGUUUAAGAAAAAUUCUAGAAAAUUCUGAAAGCAAUAGAGAUUCUUUAAAAGUUCUUGAUUCGGCACUAUUCGUUGUAUGCUUGGAUGAGGUUUCGCCUAAUACUGGGGAUGAACUUGCUAACAAUAUGCUUUGUGGCUCAUAUGAAAUCCAACAAGCUGUGCAAAUCGGAACUUGUGUUGAUGGUCAUACAGUCCUUCGAUUUGUAUCGGAUAUUUACACAGACACGAUACUUCGCUUUGCACAUACCAUAAACUCGCAAACUAAAUCUCUGUUUCAAUCAUCAUCGUAUCACACAACACCACAUAAACAAAAACCAAUUGUUAUAGACACUACUCCAAAAAAACUUGAAUGGGUUCUUACCCAUGAAGUCUGUAUAGGUAUCAGAUUUGCUGAGACUAGGUUAAGCGAUUUGAUCUUGCAGAAUGAAAUUAAAGUAUUAGAAUUUAAUAAAUACGGUAAAGGCUUUAUUACAAGUUGUCAUCUGAGUCCGGAUGCAUUUGUACAAAUGGCAUUUCAAGCAGCUUAUUAUGGUCUUUACGGAUCGAUUGAAUGUACUUAUGAACCGGCGAUGACUAAAGCUUUCCUUCAUGGGCGAACUGAAGCAAUUAGAUCAGUUACCACGGAGUCGGUUGAUUUUGUAAAGUUGUUUUGUUCAGAUGCGCCUCAACCAGAGAAAUUGAAAGCUUUACGAAAGGCAAUUAAUACUCAUGUGAAUUUGACCAAGAUGUGUUCACAAGGAUUAGGACAAGAUAGACAUUUAUAUGCAUUACAAUGUGUUUGGCAAAGAGAAACACGUAACAAAAAUUUGGAUGAAGAGAAAAUCCCAUCUAUUUUUAAGGAUUCCGGAUGGCCGACAUUAAAUCACACUGUAAUAAGCACGAGUAAUUGCGGUAACCCCGCACUCAGAUUAUUUGGAUUUGGUCCAGUUGUUGCUGAUGGAUUUGGAAUUGGUUAUAUUAUAAAAGAUGAAGGAAUUGCGUUUUGUGCUUCUUCAAAACAUCGUCAAACGAGUCGUUUUCUCCAAACACUCGAAAGUUAUUUAUCUGAUGUGCAAGCGCUUUUAAUAUCCGAACGACGAAUACCUGGCUUGGCACGAGAUAUAUUAUUAAAUGAAAAUGAAACUAUGAGAAUGACGUCAGGCUAUGGUUAUUUUGAUGCUGGUGGUAUUGAAGAUUUGCUGGAACAUCAUUUGGAGGAAAAGAGAGAAGGCAUGAAAAAAGUUGGGAGGUCCCUGAAAUUAGUAGAUAAUUGA